AAACUCAUCUAGCCGAUUGACCUGUUUGUUCUGGUCGUAAUAUCGUUCUCCUCAUUCAACGUUUCAGCCUCUUGCGAGUCGCUCGCGUUGCCUUUGGGACUACUUCGGCGUAUUGCGCAGCCCCGGUCGUUUACUCAAUUCGGAGAGAGCUUAUAUAUAUCUUGUCGAGAGAAACCUCUGUAUAGAACACAUCCCGAUCCAUUUACCUUCUCCAGUUCUGCGGCCAGUUCGGAGCGCGGCUAGUCUCUGCCUACUUAGCCUUAGCCCGCAGUCGGAGGCCAACGUUCCACCACUCUCUCUCCUAUCCUCUCACUUCCAUCUCAUCACCCUCAGCACCGCCGUAGGCGCUUUCAGAGCAGUUGCUAACUAUCACGAUGCAAAAUCCACCUCCGUACGACAGAGCAUGCGCUGUGGGACAAACCUCUAUCAUGAGGUCUUCCGCUCGGUGGGCCAAGCCUAGCCCUAUAAUAACGUCGUCCCUGCAAUAUACGCCACCUCCCUCACCUGCAGACGUGCCAACGGCAGUAUCAACAUUGCUUGGACUUACGAAACAGCUUCAAGAAGUCCUUCGACUAUGGAGUGUACAUCAAGCUACGGAGUCGCAAGUCAGUGAUGCCUAUAUUCUGGUUGGCAUGCAGUUUAACGCGACUGUCAAUGCGUUUGCACGACACCACGUCGAUAUGAGUGACCUCUUUUCUGUACCAACGGAAUUGCGCACUGUGCUCGAGACAUGUCUCGGAGAGGAACAAUCUCCGAGGACAUUAGAGCGAUACAUGCCCGAAAUCCGUACUGUUCUGUACAACCUUCUGCAAGGUCUACAAAGCAAACAGGGUCCAUACCGAAAGUCAAUGGAGACCCAUCGGGGCGCUGGUGAUCCGCGUUGGACAAUGUCGCCCAUCAUGGAGGACUUCAAGAGACGCAGUGGUGGGCGAUCGGGUUAAAGAAAGUUCAGGGUGUAUUGGAGACGCCACACCGAUCCGGAGCGCAUCUUUCGCGCAAUCCACAAAUCCCUCGCUUCAGGCCUUCUUGUUUUGCUGGACGCCUUCGAACUCGUACUAUAUGGUUACCCCGCGACAUGACACGAUGCACAUACCAUGAAGUCGGAUAGGACUGGAUAGGAAGAGGAGGAGAAGAAGAGAACGUUGCAGUGGUGUUCAUAUGCAGUCAACUGCAAGACAGUUGUCCCUUGUUUGAUGCUUGGCCUCACUGUCCGGUUGACACCGGAGUAUAUCUAUUGACUUCCAAGUUCCUUGCACACUAAUCGAGACAUAUCCUAAUGCAAUCGUAAGUGUAGCGUAGAAGGGGGAUGAUACUACAUAGUAAUCUGUAUUGUUAUAGCACUCAUCGUAUCCGUACUAUUUGUAUAUCAGGAGCGUAUACUGCUUUGCUUGCUUUUAGCUUAU